AUGAUGGCAGACGGGAACUCGGGGAGGGAGCAGGCAGGAGAUGCAGUUACUGUGUUUGAUUUGAGCGAGGAGGAUGUUUCCCUCGAUCUUGAUAUGAUAUUUGACAUUCUCGAAGAGUCUGAUCCUCCUGCACCUCAGUAUCAGCAGGAGGGUGCGCAGAAUUUUCUUAUUAAUGGGGAGCAAGUUGGGUCAGUUCCUGAUUCUGGAAACCAAAUGAACUUCCACCUUCAAACUUCAGCUGACAUUUCGUCCACGACUUACGAAACUGAAUCUCAGUCCAGGCAUGUCGAAGGGGACACUAAUUCCGGCGAAAACUUUGACUAUUGGAUUGACAGCUCGAAUAAUGGUUUUGUAAACGAUGGGUCUGUGAUGGAAAACAGUUGGGAAGUUUCAGGUUCUGAGAAUGGCACUGAACAAUUUACGAAUAUGGCCCUGGGAGAUGCAACUGUACAUUUGCAAGGCGCGAUUCCUUCUACAUCUUCGUUCUCUCUUAAUUCCGAUCUUAGUAGUGAUUUUGAUGAGUUUUAUCCUAGCAGUGGUUAUUUUCCACAGCAUGGUCUAUCUGGUGAAUUCAAUUCUGACAAGGUGCCUGGUAAUGAAGCGCUGAUGAUUGAUACGAUGAGUGAGAUUAUUAUACCUCCAACUGAGGGCUUCGAGUUGUCUGGUGUGCUUGACAAUGAAUUAAUGAUGAUUGGUGGGAUGAGUGAGAUGAGUAUGCCUCCAACUGAGAGCUUUGGGUCGUCUGGUUUGAUGUGUCUAGAUCCUGAAGGCCAUGGUUUUAACCAAGAAUCACAUACCGACCUCAAAUUUGGGUCUUAUGUUUAUGAUGGAGGUCAGAAUGAAACAUCGAUACGACCUUGUAGUUCUAAUGCGUUGGGCCACAGGGGGAAGCCUCCGGUUUUUGUACACCCAAAGCAUUCAACAUCUAGUGCUGCACCUGCGAUGUUAAGGCGUUAUGGCACGAUUAAGGCAGAGAAAGUCAGAAGCUAUCUAAAAGUUGAACCAAGGAGCUCUGAAGUCCAUGUUGUUUCAUAUACCAGUAAGAAUAGAGACAUGAAUAUAAAAUCCCGGGACCAGCAUUUUGCUAGGGUACGGCGAUAUGGUACACCCAUUUACCUACAACAUGGUUUGAAGGAUGAAGCGAUUUCUCAAAGGAGCUUUCCUACCGCUUUCUCAAGAGUCAGUCCUGAAUCAACCCACAGCAACUCAUCCGGUAGUCAAUCGAUUGUGGAUGAUGACUCUGACCUCUGUAUUCUUGAAGACAUCAGUCAACCUCCUCGUUCAAGCCAUUCUCAACCGUUCAAAAAGCCAAUUGAUUCAUUCCAACCCAUUAGUCACAGUGAUUCCUAUCAUUACAAUGGAGCUGGAGUGCGACCUAGGGUUUGUGACGAGCGAGUCUUAUUUCGAGUUGCCUUGCAGGAUCUUAAUCAACCGAAGUCUGAAGCAAUUCCACCUGAUGGCUUUAUGGCAGUACCUCUUAUGAGACAUCAGCGAAUUGCUUUGUCGUGGAUGGUUCAUAAGGAAACAUCUGGGAUUCAUUGUUCUGGAGGAAUUCUGGCUGACGAUCAGGGUUUGGGAAAGACGAUAUCAACCAUUGCUCUCAUACUUAAAGAAAGGGCUCCAUGUCAUGGAGCCGAUGUAGCUGUUGUUAAAAAAGAGAAGUUUGAGACCUUAAAUUUGGAUGAUGACGAAGAUGGAAUUAUUGAAGUUAAAGGAAUAGAAAAGGGAAGCGGUGAUUGUGCAGGUAUAAAAAAGGAAGGCAGUGAUUGUGGAGCAGGUACAAAAAAGGAAGGCAGUGAUUCUGGAGCAGGAAUAAAAAAGGAAAGUAGUGAUUCUGGAGCAGGAAUAAAAAAGGAAAGCAGUGAUUGUGGAGUGAUGUCCUAUCAAAAUGCAUCAAAGAGUAUUAAUCUUCUAGGCCAAUCGAAAGGUAGGCCAGCUGCGGGUACUCUCAUUGUUUGUCCCACUAGUGUUCUACGACAAUGGGCUGAGGAGUUGCAUAAGAAAGUAACUACUAAAGCUAAUCUCUCUGUUCUGGUAUAUCAUGGAAGCAACCGAACAAAAGAUCCUCAUGAACUUUCAAAGUUCGAUGUAGUCUUGACAACAUACUCUAUAGUGAGCAUGGAAGUCCCAAAGCAACCUUUUGCCGAUGGAGAUGAUGAAGAGAAAGCAAGAGCAGCAGGUGAUGAUCCUCCUCUUGGUUCAUCCGGUAAGAAAAGAAAGUAUCCGCUAACUUCUGGCAAGAAAGGUAGUAAGAAGAAGGAAUCUGAUAGUGCAUUAUUUGAAACUCUUGCUCGGCCAUUGGCAAAGGUGGCAUGGUUUAGGGUUGUUCUGGAUGAAGCUCAAAGCAUCAAGAAUCACAGAACUCAAGUAGCCAGGGCAUGCUGGGGACUUCGUGCAAAACGCAGGUGGUGCUUGUCUGGAACUCCUUUGCAGAAUGCAAUUGAUGAUCUUUAUAGCUACUUCAGGUUUCUAAGAUAUGACCCCUUCACCGUGUUUACCGAAUUCUGCAAUGGAAUAAAACUCCCAAUACAAAGAAGUCCAGCUAAAGGUUACAGAAAGUUACAAGCUAUCUUAAAGACAGUAAUGCUUCGUCGUACCAAAGCUACACUGCUUGAUGGGGAGCCAAUCAUUACCCUACCCCCGAAGUUCAUAGAACUUAAAAGAGUUGAGUUUACAGAUGAAGAGCGCUGUUUCUAUUCAAGACUAGAGAAUGAUUCACGUGAUCAGUUCAAGGAGUAUGCUGCAGCAGGAACUGUUAGGCAAAACUAUGUUAACAUUUUGUUGAUGCUCCUACGUCUUCGUCAAGCAUGUGAUCACCCUCUUCUCGUUAGAGGCUAUGAAUCUGCUGCAUUGGAAAGAUCCACAAUUGAGAUGGCAAAGAAGCUUCCUCAUGAGAAACGAAUGAGCCUUCUGCAUUUUUUAGAGGCAUCUUUAGCAAUCUGUGGCCUCUGUAAUGAUCCGCCUGAAGAUGCUGUUGUGUCCAUUUGUGGCCACGUUUUCUGCAAUCAGUGCAUCUGUGAACAUCUUAACGGAGACGACAACCAUUGCCCUACUCCUCAUUGUAAAGUUCCACUAAAUGUGUCUUCAGUGUUCUCCCAAGCCAUUUUGCACCGGUCUCUUGCUGACCAGAGCAGUGAAGCUGUUUUUCUUCCUUCCCCCGAUGCUGUUUUUCUUCCUCCAACUGAUGCUGUUGACGAAGUCAGUUCUCGUGCUGAAGCUGGCGGCCCAUAUGAUUCUUCCAAAAUCAGGGCUGCUCUUGCUGUCCUGCAGUCAAUUUCCAGGCCUCAGCAGUCUGCUUCCGAAAAACUGUCUGAACAGGAUUCAGCCAAUAAUCUUAAAGGAAGCGGGACUGGAGAGAAAGCCAUAGUGUUUUCCCAAUGGACAAGGAUGCUAGAUUUGCUAGAAGCUUGUCUUAAGAGUUCCUCUAUUCAGUACCGACGACUCGAUGGGACAAUGUCAGUAGUUGCUAGAGAUAAAGCUGUGAAAGACUUCAACACUCUACCAGAGGUUUCUGUUAUUAUCAUGUCUCUCAAAGCAGCUAGUCUCGGAUUAAACAUGGUUGCUGCUUGUCACGUUAUGCUUCUAGACCUGUGGUGGAACCCUACAACAGAAGAUCAGGCUAUUGACAGAGCACAUCGCAUUGGUCAGACACGCCCCGUUAAAGUUUUGAGGUUAACUGUGAAAGACACUGUUGAAGAUCGUAUCUUAGCUUUACAGCAAAAGAAGAGAACGAUGGUUGCAUCUGCAUUUGGAGAGGAUAGGAAUGGUGGCCGUCAGACACGCCUAACUGAGGAGGAUUUGAGAUACCUAUUCAUGGGUUGA